AGGCAGAAUGUAGAUUGAAUGCUUAUACUUCUGCUGCCUGUUGCUGAGUGGAAGACAGCAGAAAAUUUGGAUUCAAACAUUUGUUGUUUUUUUUGCUUUGUUUUAUUUCCUUUUGCCUUAAGAAGAUGAACAAUGAAACCACAACCCUGAUAUCCUUGAAGGAGGCAAUGAAAAGGUUGCUGAGGGGUAUAGUAAGGGAGCAAGCAUGGGUCUGCUAUUCUGGGAAGAUGGAGUAGACCACAAACUCCAAGUGUUAGAAGCACAGUUCAGAGAACUAGACUUCACCAAGGAUAACCUGAUGCAGAAAUUUGAACAUCAUAGGAAGACCCUGGAAAGCCAAGCAGCUCAAGAUGAGAUGUGGACAGCAGUUCUGGCACUCAAGUUCACUUCAAUGGAAUUGAAUAUUGUAUAUAGCUACGUCAUUGAAGUACUUAUCCUCUUGCAUACUCGUGUGCUUGAGAAGCUGCCAGAUUUGGUGAGAGGUCUUCCAACCCUAGCCUCUGUCCUCAGACGAAAAGUUAAGAACAAGUGCAUUAGAGUUGUAUGGGAGUCCAUUUUGGAGGAGUGUGGGCUGCAAGAAGGAGAUAUCACAACACUUUGUACCUUCUUUAUCGCACAUGGUAACAAGGCAGAACACUAUGCUGCUAAAGUGAGACAGAUGUACAUCAGGGACAUCACGUUUCUCAUUACUAACAUGGUAAAGAACCAGGCUCUGCAGGACAGUUUGCUGAGGGCUGUGCAGGUAAUUGAGAAGGGGAAAGCAGUUAAGACCCCUGAAGAGCAAAAGUCAUCCCUCAAAGAGUUGAUACCAUCCGUCAAAAACUAACCUAUCAUCCUAUGACCCAGUAAUUCCACCUCUAGUACUUUAUCUUGCAAAUGGGAAAAAUAUACACAAUUUAUUAUAGUCUUAUUUUUAUAGCAAAGAGUGAGAGGAUGUUAAAUAAAUUAUGACAAAUUGAUAAAAUAGAUACUUUCUUUGUAACCAUAUAAAAGAAUGAAGAAGCUCUUUGUGUAAUAAUAUGAAGUUAUCAUGAAAUGUGGUGUUCUUUUCAAAUAUUUAUUUCCAAUAUAUAUUGCUAAGUGGUGCAAAACCAAAUGUGUGUGUGUGUGUGUGUGUGUGUGUGUGUGUGUGUUUGUGUAAUGCAUAUGAGUUUAUAUAUCCAUAAACUUCUUCUGCAGAGAUAGACAAGAAAGUGGAUAAUAUUAGUUGUCAGGAAAGAAAACUAAGAGGCUAGGGGGUCAAAGAUAAGAGGAAGUCUUUUCACUGUUAAUCUAUUUUGCACAUUUUCAAUUUUGAACCAUGUGAAUAUAUUAUAUAUUUAAAAAAUAAGGCUGGGCAUGGUUAAAAAAUAAACAAGGCUCAAGCCUGUAAUCCAAGCACCUUGGGAGGCCAAGGUAGGAGGAUCAUUUGAGCUCAGGAGUUUGAGAUCAGCCUGGGCAACAUAGUGACAGCAAUACGAGGCAGAUAAAUUCCUAGGUAGACAGGGAUGGGUCCCCGGUGAAACUCAACCUUCAAGCUAAGGACAGUCUAAAGCCUAAAAACCAAGCUAUGAGUUCCAGAUAAAUCCAUGAACCUGACUGAGAGCUCCCAUUCUUGUUUGGCACUCUCUCCAAAUUGAAAUAAAAGCUCCCAAAGAUUUCUACCAAGGACCCAUGUCUCCUUGUUUUUCUCAACCUGGAAACCACUC